CUAUGGUCUACUACAACAUAACUUAAACCAUGCGUCCAUUACGCGCCCUUUCAACCGUACACAGGGGGCCAUUCUGGAAGAUUGGCCAUUCAUUUGGCUUAAAACAGAAGGGCAGCGUUUUGCAACUGCGAUUCAUCUGGGAACAAACUGCUCUCUCCGCAAACUCACGGUGUCAGAACUCACAAGUCUUUGACAUCCUCGCGAUUAUAGGCAGAACAAAUGGCCUGUGUGACAUUUUGUACAUCCGCUUCGUAGUCAGGAAGACUGGUACCAAAAGAGGCCUGCUUCCGAAGCUAGAAGAAAGAUUUAUAUACCGUGUCUGUGAAAUAUACGGCUGCAGUUUCAGACGAGCGUCUAGGGAAGCCAGUCUGUUCCCCGUGGCACAGGAACGACAGUUACAUGCAGCAUGGCGACCUCCCGUUGCCGAGCGUCUCCUCAAGCGAACCGGUGAUCCAUGAGCGUUAAUGACGAGAGGCAAUUUUCCAGCGAGCAGUGUAAUUGUAACCUAUAGCCGGAGGCGUGACACGCAGCAGUAUUGUUGAUUGGUAAUAGGGCACGAUGAACAUCGUAUAUGUAUCCCGUGGAGAGCGCAACCCCACAGGAAGAUGACGUGGGCGGUUUUCCCGGACCACAGGCGCGCACAGGAACAUAAUCUACGUUGAGGAACUGGUCGUACUGUUGCGCCGUCCUUCGGAUGCAUCUCCUGGCGGUGUUGUUGGUACUCUCGGGCCAGCACCGCCUCCUCCUCGCCCGGGGAGACCCGGACAUCGCAGCGGGGAAGCUCCGCAUCGGUCCCGAGGAUUGGCUGAGAAAUUUCACCAACGCCACGGAAGAGCGUGACUUCGUAAAACUUCAGCAUCUUCUGACCUAUGUGGUGGAGAAGGCUGGGGAUAAGGAGCUCGAUCAAGACAUCCUCGCAUCUCUUAAGGUGAUGCAGAGUGUUGGCUAUGUGAACAGAAACGCCACCUACUGGGAUGAGCUGAACCAACAGGUGAAGCAGAUCAUGUACCAGCUUGGACUUGAAAGGGAGCCACAAGUGCCAAGAAAACGUGCCAAGAAAAACAGGAGGAAAGGACCGAGGAUGACGAACCACCGUAGUCACGUAGAGCUGUAACUCACAGUCGCGCUCCUAGCGGCCGAACCAGAUUGUGCAAUAUAAUCGUGAACAGCGCCAGUGAGAGCCCCUGACAGUGUCAGAUUGUAUAAACAUAUAGCCAGAGUAUCUCUGACGGCGUCAGUUUCUCAACUAUGGCCAUAAUAAUUUGAUUAUAUGGGUGACAUCCCAUGGGAACCCCAAAACUGAUGCGAGCGUGCGAAUAAAAAAUGUUUGGUCAAAAAGUUGCCUUCAUAUGUAAAUAAGUGGUCAAGAAAGUUGAAAGUUGAACAAAUGACAGAAAACAGGAUAUGGUAUACCGAACAAUAGAUUCUUCCGUUUUGUUCUGUCACUUCUACUUCUAUGACCUUGGAAUUGACCUUGCCAUUCUAUGACACCAGUAGACGUUUUCGGACAUUUUUGUUCAUUCUACGGCAUAUCUUUGUUCAUUUUGUUGUUGCUUUGUAUAAUUUACAGUAUGGUUUUAUAA